UCUUGUUGUAGCGACUGUCCCCUCCUUCAUCCACCCUUCCAUUUUUUUAGUACUACUACAAAAUUAAGUUACUAGUAAUCAAAUUUUAACGGCUCUCUGUUCUCUGCAAUCCACAGUCCACAGACAUGGCCUCCAUGGCUUCUUCUUCUUCUACGUUCUUCCUCAGCUUCUUCUACCUCGUACUUAGUUUCACAGUCACCGCCAAAAAAACCUACAUUGUUCACAUGAAAAAUCAGGACAAGCCUCUUUCUUUUGAAACUCACCAUGAUUGGUACAGUUCAAGGUUGCAAUCACUCUCUGCCACCCCAACUGACUCCCUUCUCUAUUCCUACAUGACUGCAUUCAAUGGCUUCGCUGCCUCUCUUGAUCCAGAACAAGCUGAAUCUCUUAGCAAAUCAGAUUCCGUUCUGGGUGUUUAUGAAGACACCAUUUACACUCUCCACACUACUCGUACCCCGCAAUUCUUAGGACUUGACUCUGAGUUUGGGCUCUGGGCUGGCCACAACACUCAGCAACUAGAACAAGCUUCUCGUGAUGUGAUCAUUGGAGUUCUGGACACUGGAGUUUGGCCAGAAUCUAAGAGCUUUGACGAUUCCGACAUGCCUGAGAUUCCUUCUAAGUGGCGCGGCGAGUGUGAAUCUGCUCCUGAUUUUAGUCCCAAGCUUUGCAACAAGAAACUCAUUGGAGCACGAAGCUUUUCCAAAGGUUACCAUAUGGCCGUUGGUGGUGGUGGAAUUUACAAGAAACACAGAGAUAUCGAGUCCCCACGUGACAAAGAUGGUCAUGGCACCCACACAGCCAGCACCGCCGCUGGUUCUCACGUGGCCAACGCUAGUCUCCUCGGAUACGCCAGCGGAACUGCUCGUGGGAUGGCAACCCACGCCCGCGUCGCCACGUACAAGGUUUGCUGGGAAACCGGUUGCUUCGGAUCCGACAUUCUGGCAGGUAUGGAUCGUGCCAUCCAAGAUGGAGUCGACGUCCUCUCAUUAUCCCUCGGUGGCGGAUCUGCGCCAUAUUUCCGUGACACUGUCGCUAUUGGAGCCUUCACGGCGAUGGAAAAGGGCAUUUUUGUCUCUUGCUCUGCUGGCAACAGCGGACCCAGUAAGGCGACUCUUGCCAACGUGGCACCAUGGAUUAUGACGGUUGGCGCCGGGACUUUGGAUCGAGAUUUCCCCGCUUACGCCGUUUUAGGAAAUAAAAUCCGUUAUAACGGUGUCUCGCUUUACAGCGGUCAAGGAAUGGGAAAGAAACCGGUUGGUUUGGUUUACAACAAAAGUAACAGUUCCAGUAAUUUAUGUUUGCCUGGUUCGCUCGACCCGGCUUUGGUACGUGGGAAAGUAGUGGUCUGCGAUAGGGGAACAAACGCGCGUGUGGAAAAAGGAGCAGUUGUGCGUGACGCCGGCGGCGUGGGGAUGAUAUUAGGGAACACGCUGGUUAACGGUGAGGAACUGGUGGCUGACAGUCACUUGUUACCAGCCGUGGCGGUGGGGAGGAAAGUUGGCGACUUGAUUAGGGAAUAUGCACAGUCCGAUCCUAAUCCGACGGCCUUGCUUGUUUUUGGUGGGACGGUGUUGAAUGUGCGUCCAUCACCGGUUGUUGCGACGUUUAGUUCGCGGGGACCCAAUAUGGUGACUCCGCAGAUCUUGAAGCCGGACGUGAUCGGGCCUGGAGUCAACAUAUUGGCUGCAUGGUCAGAGGCUAUUGGGCCAACUGGAUUGGCGGAGGACACGAGGAAGACUAAGUUCAACAUUAUGUCAGGUACAUCCAUGUCCUGCCCGCACAUCAGUGGGCUAGCAGCGCUGAUCAAGGCAGCUCAUCCAGAAUGGAGCCCAAGUGCAAUCAAAUCGGCUCUAAUGACCACGGCUUACACCGAGGACAACACCAACUCCUCUCUCAGUGAUGCUGCUGAUGGUUCAUUAUCUAACCCAUGGGUUCAUGGGGCUGGCCAUGUUGACCCCCAGAAAGCUCUUUCUCCAGGCCUAGUAUAUGACAUCUCUACAGAGGAAUACAUUGUAUUCUUGUGCUCACUGGGCUACACCCUUGAUCAUGUCCAGACCAUAGUGAAGCGCCCUAAUAUUACAUGUUCCACUAAAUUCAAUGACCCUGGCGAACUCAACUACCCAUCAUUUUCAGUCUUGUUUGGGGACAUAAGGGUUGUUCGAUACACUCGUGAAUUGACUAAUGUAGGCCCUGCAGGGUCCUCAUACAAAGUGACAGUUAAUGGCCCAUCAACAGUUGGGAUUUCAGUUAGGCCCAGGACACUCGACUUUAGAAGCGUAGGGGAGAAGAAGAGAUAUACCGUGACUUUCGUAGCUAAAAGAGGGACGAGCCCAAUGGCUAGAUCUGAAUUUGGUUCAAUAGUGUGGGGCAAUGCCAAAAACCAAGUCAGGAGCCCAGUUUCCUUCUCAUGGACAUUGUUAUGAGCGUUCGAUUUAGACAGUUUACAAUUCUGGGGUUUUCCCGUUAGUGAGCCUCUCACAGCACGAGUUUGCAUUAAGAAAACCGGUGCAAAAGGCCAUUAUUAAUGGAGGAAACCACUAUACAUGGACCCUGGAUCCAGUCCUUGAAGAAAAGGUGGAAUUGAGUCGAGUUUGGAAGUUUGCAAAUUUCGUUUAUUUGGUUUACUAUGGAGCUUUGAUUUUUUUAUUUUUUUCACAAACAAAGUUAUUCUGAUUAUUGAGGGAUAUCACUGGAUUGGAUGCCCAGCUUGCCUUUUUCAUUAGCUAAACCGUCUUUACUCUUUACUGGAUUAUUUAUGUUUGACAUCUUUACCAGGCCUUGUUCAUAAGCUAAGAAUCAAAAGGCCUCGUCAUCAGGGUGGUUGUGAUAUUUGUUUACUUGAUUAGUGAUGGUAUAAAAAUGAUUCCUUCUUUGCUAACAGAUUCCCUCAAAUGGAGCCCCCAUUAAUAACAACCAUUGACAAAUACAUUCGAGGUGUGUUUAUAGGCGGGUUCGACAAAGUUGCAAACAAUUCAAGGAAAAGCAGGAGGGACAAGGAUGGACACGUAGGAAAUCUUUUUAAGCGCAGCAAGUUCAACCAAUUUCACCAACUAAUUCUCAUUGGGACUGGGGUCUUUGCCUCCAGUUUAAGGGCCUCGUUGUCCUGACUCAAUUUUCAGACGAUUUAGGAAGGAAAAGAAUGACCAAACAAGGAUCUGCCAAUGAGAAUUAGUUGCAUCCAUGAUUGUCCGGUAGUAGGUCCACUGGUUUGAAUUUUAGACCAUGAAAAGUUCAUCAUCUACUCUCACUGUGAACAAAGACCGCCAACGCAAAUGACAGAUGUGUAACAAAAACUUGCAAUAUGCAGCAAGAGUUUUGAUAGGAAGAAUCCUAUGCUUAAGCAAUUCUAGUCAAAGUCUGGUUUUUAAGUCCGACUAAUUGUGGAUUAUAAUUUAUGAGCGAAAUUGUAACAUCAAAUGACUUUGCUAUUUGC